UGUAGAAAUAUUUCUUCUCUAUGCUGCGUGUCCGUGAGUUCUUACCAGGGCGAACAUGGAGGUAAGAAUAAAUUUUCUUACCUCCAUGAGGGUGAAUCACAGGAGGUGGCGUAGCUCGUACUGUCGAACAAUCAUUGGGGCGGCGGUGAAACAUGGCUCGUAAUACAAAAAUUGGAAACUCAGACGCCGAGUAGUAUUCAUGCCGAAAGUUUUUCUAAGGGGGCGAAUACAGUAGCUUUCAAAAUCCGAAAUCGCUUGAAAAAAAGAAUUCCAAUAAAUAAAAGGUAAUUUCUUUUGGAAAGAGGAAAACACUAAUGUAGUUAUCCCGUACGUUCUGUUUGUCAGGGUCGUGCUUUAUCAUUAUCACUUGCUACUAGCAAAUUCUUCUCAUUUUUUAUUGCGUAACGAUUACAUUCUCCAUUUGCAGUAUAGCAUGAAAUGAUUUUUUCCUUCAUUAGUGCUCUGCAAGUUAUCUACAUCGGAAGAAAGAUCAGUCACAAAGCGUAUGUGCUAAUACCUCGAUGCCAGCCUCGUGUGUUACAAAGAAAUAAUACAUUUAACCGAACGGAACUUCAGACAAAAUAUUGUAAGAAGACAGGAACAACAGUAAGGAAAAUGAGCCUUCCAGAUUCAGCUACAGUUACUUGCAAUCUUUUUAAAGGCAAGAAGGAUCGGUUUGGUGGCAUAAUUGUUGAUUCAGAAGUGGAGAGUUCUGAUGAUAACUUCAGCACCAAACUCCUAAAGUCCCUUGAACAUUGGUCAGAACAGAAUGUCCGUGCAGUCUGGUUCAGAGUAGCCUUAAAACAUGCAGAUUGGGUUCCAGUGUUAGCAAAGAAUGGUUUCGUGUUUCACCAUGCAGAACCAUUGAGCGUUUCCAUGGUCAAGUGGCUGCCAAUCACAGAAAUAUGCAAUAUUCCGCAAUAUGCACAUACAAUGAUAGGAGUAGGUGCUGUUGUUGUAAACAAGGACCAAGAACUAUUGGUUGUUCGGGAACGCUUUCAUACAGUACCUCACUGGAAACUGCCCGGUGGAUAUUUAGAACCAGGUGAAGAUAUUCCAGAUGCUGCAAUAAGAGAAGUCCAGGAAGAAACUAAUGUCCAGACAGAAUUCAGAUAUCUUAUUUGUUUCCGACAUACUCAUGGUGCUAAUUUUGCCUGCUCAGAUAUUUAUUUUAUUGUCUGCCUGACUCCUAUUUCUGAAUCAAUAACAAAAUGUGACCAUGAGAUUGCAGAUUGUCGGUGGAUGAAGAUUUCAGAUUAUUUGACUGAUCCUGGAGUCAUUGAAACCAACCGAUUUUUCCUGAGAAAAUAUCUUGAAUAUGAGAAGUCGGGAAGCAUUGUGGGAUGUGUAAAAAAUAUUCAUCCACUUCUUAAGAAACCUCAAUGUUUAUAUAGUAUAGAUAAUAUGAAGGAUGCAUCCAAAAUAUAGGAAACCAAUCUCUAAAUGUAGGUAGCAAAAGUAACAGUAUGGUGGUCAUUCCUUCUCAGUUGACAAAAAUGGUUAAUGAAAUAUAUUCAAACAUAUAAUCAUUACUAUGUUGCAUUUGUAUUACACACUGAUGUCAUAUUAACCAAUUAUGAUGAAAUGGCUGGAACUGUUGCAGUGUAAUACAUAUUAUUAUUUAAUUCAAGAUAUAACUAUUACCUCAUUA